AUGUCUGCAAUUCAACCUUCAACUGCCGAUCCACGACGUCCUAAUAAUACUGUUAAGUACCAUAUGCCAAAGAAAGAACCAGAUGAAAUUGAUCCUGAUUUUUAUGGAGUUGCAUCACUUCUGUUAAGCACGGUUGGUCUACUUAUAAAGAUAAAGUGGGCAUCGUGGGUCGCUUUAGCAUUCUCUAUAAUUUCUUUAACAAAUGAAAAAAUUUCUGACCAAGAUCCUAACGCUGGACGUACACCAUCUUAUACUGGCAUUUUGUAA